AACCGAUAAGGUUAUGAAUCGAAAGUAGAGCAAAAUAUUAUUACAUGAAAACUUACUUCGCUGUGUGAAAUAUUUUCAAUGUCAACAACAUGGCGGAUUCUAAUUCAGGAUUGAAACCUUUAUCAGAUAAAGUUAUAAUGGUGACUGGCGCUUCAAGCGGAAUUGGUGCAGCCAUAGCAACGAGACUUGCAAAACUUGGCGGGAAAAUAGCUUUGGUCGGCAGACGUGAAAGCGAAUUAAUGAAGUAUGUGAAACAAAUUAAAGAAGAAAACGGAAUUGGCAUUGCUGUUGCAGCCGAUGUAACCAAACGGGACGAGGUAUUUGAAAUGGUCCGUCAUACAGAAUUAUCCUUAGGUCCAGUAGAUAUUUUAGUUAAUUCAGCAGGAGUUAUGUAUUAUACGUAUAUGAAAUCCUUACAUUAUGAUGAAUGGGAACAACAGAUUGACAUCAACUGUAAGGGUUUAACGACGUGUGUUGGUGCUGUUUUAGAAGGAAUGAUAUCGAGAAAGCAAGGUCAUAUUGUCAAUAUUUCAUCUGACGCCGGUAAGCGGGGAUUUCCUGGUCUAGCAGUAUAUUCAGGUACCAAGUUUUAUGUAGAAGGUUUAUCUCAAGCUUUACGUCAUGAAGUAAAGGAGUAUGGAUUACGUGUGACGUGUAUUCAACCUGGUGACGUCAAAACUAACCUUCUUCAACACACCACAGAUUUAGAGGCCAAGAAGGAGUUCGAUGGAAGCGAAACGUGUAAAAUAUUAGAAGCUGAUGACGUAGCUAAAGCUGUAGAAUAUGCUGUUCUUCAACCAUCUUACGUGGGAGUUAAUGAGAUUAUGGUCGAACCCCAGCGAUCGCCCAUUUAGAUUUGUUACCAUUGUUUCAUUCUUUUUCUAUAAGACGUUGUCAAUAAUAUGACAUUGUUGCAAAUUGU